AUGACACCGCCCACAACCGCAUCUUCAUCACAUGGGCAAGGUCAAGGACCAGAACAAGCAUCCCUCUUACAAUCUGCCCGUUUGAAGCUGUCUACGAUGGAUCAAGAAGCUAUGAAGAAAAUGAGAUCGGCUAUGAUGGAUUAUCCCGAAUCCACUUCAUCCAAAUCUUCACCUUCAAGCGCAAGGUUCCCUCCAGCAGAAUAUCAGGAUCUGAAUGAUAAUUCGAGCGGAAGUGGGAGUGGGAGUGGGAGCGGGACGAGGAAGUUGAGGACAAGGAGAUCGACUUUAUCUAAACAGAUUUCAUUAGAUGAAACGCAGGAAGAAGGAGAAGAGAAAGACAUGGAUCAAACUCCAAAGCCUGAUUUGAGUGGAUCAUCGACAUUAUCACCUGUCAAUGCGGAUUAUGCAAUAGCUGUACUGGGCCAUGAAAAGGUCGGGAAGACGACUGUGAUAGCUCGUGCGUUGAGGACGUGGGGGAUGUCUCAUCCUUUGAAAACACAUUCGGCUGGUGGACAUACAAUCAUUUCGUGUUAUUCACAGAUACAGCCUGGUGGUAAAUUAAAACAACCUUGGAAAGUUGAAUUUCUAGAGAUGAACAUGCACGCUCUCAACCUUGCACCUACAUCGAACCGAGAUCAGGUUUGGCCAGAAGGUGUACCGGACGUAGCUGGUGUGAUAUUCUGUUAUGAUGCAAGUCGGAGCGACACGUUGUCUGGGAUCAGCGAAGCUUUAGAACGAUUAUCACCAUCAGGCAUCCCCAUUAUUAUCUUAGCAUGUAAAUCCGAUCCAGAUAUACAAUUAGAGGUGGAUGCCCAUCAUGGUAAUUCGAUUGGUGAACCUUUCAAUGUCGGUUUGAUAGAAGUUACAACGCAGACAUCAGAAGGCAAAUCCAAGAUGCGCAAUGCACUUAGAUGGCUUAUAUAUAAGUUGGAACAGCGACAGCGUCGACAACAACGUAAAUUGAAUGCUACUACGCUUACGAUUCCCCAACAUCCACCACCUUCACCUGCAUUAGCAUCUGCAACAUUGGAAGCACUGUCCUCACCUAUAGAUAGUGAUGCAUCUUCUUCGGAAAAUACCAAAUUGAUGUGGCAUCAACGAGGAGGAUUUAACAUGACUCCUGCCGAUCGGGAUCAAGAUGGAAUGUCGGAUCAUAGAUCAAGUGGAAGUAGCUUCAGCUGGGUGACGAAAGGACCACCGCCACCUCCUGCCCGCUCUAGCUUAGACAUAGAACAGGACAAUAAGGAUAAGACAGAAAAGCAAGUAAUCAAAUCUGAACCUACAACGAAUGGAGAAGGCAAGAAAGGUGAAGUGCAGGAAAGGGUGAUAACGCAAAGCGGAGUACAACUAGACGCGCCAAUAUGGUUAACUGCUGAGGACCUGCUGAAUCGACUGUUUGCAGCUAUAGUAUCGUCACAAGAUGAACCAUUCGUACGAUCUUUCGCAAUGACCUUUCGCCGUUUCAUGGAACCUAAGGAUGUGAUGCAGGAGUUCCUAGUUCGGCUGAAAGAGGUGGAAGGGUAUGAAGUAUCGAGGGAUGUGAAAAAUUGGACAAUGAUGAAGAUGACUGGAGCUCUGGUAGAUUGGACAACCCGUUAUCCAGGAGAUUUACAGGACUCUUCCACGCAGAGCAUAUUCAAAGAGAUACUUGCAUUCAUCUUACACCAUACAUUCAUGGCUCAUCUGACAGGAGAACUCAUAAUGGUUGAACAUUCCUUAUCUGAAGUGGUAGAUCUGGAUCAAUCGUGGUCAGUACAAAAUACCAAUGCCAAUGCGAAAUCAUCCGCAUCGAGACUUUCGGGUUCUACCAAUACGGAAUUAGUGAUUGAUACAGAGGUAUUAUACGAAUUCACGAAUUCGUAUUUAGAGAAAGGUAUAUUGCUGGAAGAUGAACCUCCCGAUACCCCUUUUUCAAAAGAUACGCAUGAUGUACCUAACCAUCAUUCGACUUCGACCAGAUCAGUAUCGACUUCUAGUUUGCCUAUGGAGAACAGUAAAUCCAAUACCAACUCUGAUGGUGGGAGUAACCCGAAAGACUUCAGAAUCAACUCGCAUACUCAUUCAACGGAUGAGAUGGGAUUUCAUAAAUGGGCGCAGGCGUUUAACGUGGUGGUGAAUAUGGAUCCUAGAAGUUUUGCUGUCGAGUUGACCAAGAUGCAGUGGGCUUUAUUUACUGCCAUCAGACCUAGAGAUGUACUUCGACAUGAUCUCGGGAAAGAGACUGAUGGACCGGUAGGUGAAGCCAUAAUGUUCUUCAAUCAUAUAUCUAGAUGGGUAUCUACCAUAAUCCUCUCUCAUCCUAAACCGAAACAUCGAGCACGUACAAUCGAGCGAUUCAUCAUGAUUGCUCAUCAACUUCGUCGUUUGAACAAUUACGAUUCCCUCUAUGCGGUCAUAUCAGGAAUGAGGGAAACGAGUGUUCACCGUCUGUCUAUCACUCAAUCACUAGUGGCUAUUUCACCUUCGUUAGAAAAAGAUUAUCAAUCUCAUUUGAAAUUGAUGGAUCCAAGAGGUGGAUAUGUCCAUUACAGAAGGGCGUUACAAGCUGAUAUAUCAAAUGGAAGAGCUUCCAUCCCUUUGUUGACCAAUAUCCUAGGAUUGGUCAACAGAUUACAAAAUGUCAGAAAAGAAGAUAAGAGGGUGGAUAAAGUUGAGAUUCAAUGGGAUAAAUUUUACAAGAUGGGUGAAAUUUUGAAUAUCAUUUUAGAAUGUCAGGUUAGAGGACCGAUCGUUAGAGGAGAAGUGGUUGAUUCGUUUAGGAGGAUUAUAGAAGAUACAACGAUUAUUACCAAUGAAGAUGGACUAUGGGAACGAUCUCAAUUACUCGAACCUAGUGGAGGAGGUACGGUCGGUGGUAAAGUUUUGAAGAGAUUAGCCAAUUUAGGAUUCUCUUAA